AAAAAUGUAUCGAUCGAGCGUUUAACCCAUACCCACACCACAAUCGACCAUCGGACAAAUCGCUCGAUUCAAGGAUAUUUAUAAAGAAGUUAAAAAUCAAUUUCCAUUCUUCUACUUGCUUCUUUUUCAUAGCAACUUUUCUUUUUGUUUUUUAAAAUCCAAACCUACAAACAACAAUCUUCGUUUGGAGCUGCUAUGAUGACCGUCGUCAACGUUGGUCUAUCAGACGUACCUAUGAAACGCCUUCCCUACGAUACCGGAAGCCAGUAUACCUGCAAAGCCUUGAAUAAUACUGCACAUUCGUCGUUUGCUACAGUUGACAAUCUUUCUACAAUUGACGAAGGACUCAUCCUAGCCUCUGACGCCUUGACUUGUCCUUCAUGUUCAAGACUGUUGAAUCAUCCGAUUACGUUGUCGUGCGGUUUCUCUGUCUGCAUAUCAUGUAUGCCAAAGUUUGACCCUGCGACAGUAGAAAACUUCGACUGUCCAGUACGGGAAUGCGCAGAAAAAUCCCAUCUGUUUGGUGAAUUAAAGGUCGAUGUUACGAUCCAUAAACUUUCACAAUUAAUUGCCGUUGAAAUGGCAGACAAGCGACUACUUUCGAUUUUUCAACCAUCUGUAGAACCAAGUAUGCAUGCGACAAUGCCAGAACAGUAUCACCAUCAGCGCACUCCCAGCAUUUCAAAUUCUUCUGGUUCCAGCCCGCUUUCUUUGGAUCACAGUAGAGAUUCUGAUGACAGCUCGGAAGCAUGUAUAUCGGAUAUAGAAAUCCAGUCCUCGUCAUGGAGGGAUAACAUGCUCAACGAACUCGAAUGCCAAGUGUGCUAUUGUUUACUCAACGAGCCACUCACUAUACCUUGUGGACAUACCUUUUGCAAAGCAUGCCUGCUACGAUUUGCAGACCACAGCAACGUCUGUGCAAUCUGCAGAUGCCAUUUACCCAUUGCACGCGCAUUGCAAACCCACCCUUCAAACUCUACAUUAUCUUAUUUAAUUUCAACAAUAUUUCCUUUCGAACAGAUGGAACGACAAGAAACGCUCAAAAAAGAGGAAGAGCAAGCGUCCUCAUAUACCCCAAUUUUCGUAUGCUCGAUCGGCUUCCCCACCAUACCUUGCUACUUGCACAUAUUCGAGCCUCGUUAUCGUCUCAUGAUCCGACGUUGCACUGCACCUGGUGCGUCAAGGGCAUUCGGUAUGUGCAUGGGACUUCCAGGCAAAACAUUCUCUGACAUCGGCACUAUGAUGAAGAUAGAAGGUGUAGAGCAAUUGAAUGAUGGUCGCUAUCUGGUCAAGACAGUCGGAUUAUAUAGAUUCCGAAUCAAAAGGCACGGAGUUCGUGAUGGAUACCAUACCGCUCAAGUCGAACCGUUCGACGAUGAGGAGGACGACGAGGACUUGAAGGAUUGGGACAAUGAGGAAGUAGAUGAUGUAACUCAAAUGGACUCACCCAGUACGGACGCUAUGGUUCGAGAAGCAAGGAACUUUGGUAGAUUACUCCAACGUUCCAAUGUGCCUUGGAUAUUGCAAAGGAUUAUACGAACAAACAGCCGAAUGCCUUCUGAUGCUAGCUCCCUCAGCUGGUGGAUGGCUGCUACUAUACCCAUAGAUGAUCAAGAAAAGCAUGCAAUUUUGGAACUUACAAACCCUCAUGACCGUCUAAAACUUAUAAGUGAAUGGAUCAAACAGGUCAAGAAACAAUGGUGGUUCCAACCUUUGAUUCAAGGCACUCGAAUGCCGCUUCCAUCAUCCUAGUUCAACUCGUUACGUUUCUCAUGCAUGGUUCAUAACAUAAUCCCUUAUGAAACCAUGACCAUGCUAUGAUGAAAUCGGAACUGCUCAAAUUUUUGUACUUUUACCUAGAUAGCCUGCACUAGUUUCUUUCGACAGCUUGAAAUUAAAAUAUAUCCUCCAACUGUUUUGUAUUCUCUUCAAUUGCCUAACCUAUCGGGACUUUUUGAAUGCUCGACAAUACUUUCACCCUGGCCAGUCUAACGAAGCAUACAUCAGCAUAAGACCCUGUUUUGUUUCUGACCCGCAAUCUUAGGUGCAUCGAUAUAUUAUUUUACUCCCUCUGCAAGCAUCCCCAUAUGUCUAAUUGAGGGC